GCACUUCAGGUUCCUCUCGCUCUCUUUCCCUCUUCUCUUUUUCACUCUCAAGAUCAUCGUCAAAAAAUUCUGCGCGGAAGAUUCAUAUUCCUUGAAUUUUCCGUUUCGUUUUUGUUGAAUAAUCGUACUGUGAUUUGGCGCUCUCUCUUCUGCUCGUACUGAUUCGAUUCAUUGAAGGCAGGGAGGUGAAUUUCUAGUUUCAGCAGAUAUGGUUUCCUUCGAAAUGAAUGACCGCAAGAAGAUUGGACUAGGACUUACUGGAUUUGGGAUAUUUUUCUCAUUCCUGGGAAUUGUCUUCUUCUUUGACAAGGGAUUACUUGCCAUGGGAAAUAUCCUGUUUAUCUCAGGAGUAACUCUCACCAUUGGAUUCAAGUCAACCAUGCAAUUCUUUAUGAAACGUCAAAAUUAUAAGGGAACAAUUUCUUUUGGUGUAGGGUUCUUCUUUGUUAUCAUAGGAUGGCCGAUGUUUGGCAUGAUGUUGGAAGCAUAUGGUUUUGUUGUCCUUUUCAGUGGCUUCUGGCCAACAUUGGCAGUCUUUCUUCAGAAAAUUCCUAUUCUUGGAUGGUUAUUCCAGCAACCAUAUGUCAGAUCGUUCGUUGACAAAUAUCGGGGUAGACGUGUACCUGUUUGAGCACAGAAGUUAUAAAUCUGUUGGUAGGUGAACUUGUAAGUUGUAAACCACUCUUGCUUGGAGGCCCAGUUUUUGUUCAGAUCGCGAGAGUAGAAAAUACUUUGGCAGUUGAUAAUGAUGAUAAUGAGCUUAUCUGUUAUCCAGAAAAAAGAAGAAAAAAAAGAUAGGAAAAAAAAACAAAGAAACAGACACAAACUUUAGUUUCUCUUUUUUUUUUCUUCCCCCUUUUGGUUUUUGAUAUUUCAUUUGUGUAAAAAGUAAUUGUCACGUGUAUUUGAACAUUCUAUAGUUGCAAAUUUUCAAAAUUCUUGCUGUCAUUCUUUGUAACAAGGAUGGAAAACAAUGUGUCAGAUUUUUUUGGGUGACUGAUUUACAUUUUUUCCCCCAACUUUUUGUUUGGUGAGAUGGAAAAAGAGAAGAAAAAAGGAUCCCCAGACCCUAUGCCCUGUCUUGGACGGGGAGUGGAGAUCAAUUUGCUUCCGAUUUCCUUUUCAAGAUUUGGGAUCCGAAUAAAGUAUUGCCUUGACUUUUGACUUCA